AAUGGCGACCAAGAAGGCGGGACGGCGUGUCUGUACCCGGAUGUACACAAGCCUCAGUUGGCUCGCCUCCUCUCGUUUCUUUAUUAUGUUAGUCACCUUAUCCGAUAUGGCUGAUGAGAAGGAGAAGGUAGAGCUGGUAGCGAGUCACGAGGAGGGAGAACGGCUAGCGGAGAACGAGGAGGGAGAUGAGCCGAAGCCUACCGGUGGACGUUGGUGCGUGAUGAAGGUCCUGACUUGGAAGACGCCGUUCUGCAUCCUGGCCGGCUUCCUCUGCGCCAACCUGGUCUUCUGGUUCCUUGCAUUGACUCCUUGGAGACUGUUAAAUCUUGUUUCACUGGUACUCCUUGGUGUUGUAAUGAUGCAGAUCAUGCAGGAUUUGGUCUUAUCUAGAGAAAGAGGGGCACAGUUAUGGAGAAGCCUCACUGACCGCUGGGAAGUCAUUGAUUCCAAGUCUGAAUACAGGCUCAGGCUGAACCAUUGCAUGGAAGAAGCAAUGAUGAGUUUCUUUGUAUUUCUCCAAGAAAUGUCUCACUUCAAAGAACAGAACCCUGGCAAGUUUUGUCUCCUGGUCUGCAGCGUGUGUACAUUCUUCACAAUCUUGGGAAGUUACAUUCCUGGUGUUGUCCUCUCUUACCUUCUUUUACUAUGUGCCUUCUUGUGUCCACUCUUCAAAUGCAAUGAAUUUGGACAGAAAGUAUAUAGCAACAUUAAGUCACUUCUGCUGAAACUGAACUUUGGUAUUGGGGACUAUAUCAAGCAAAAAUGGAAAGAGAGAGCUGAAGUGAUAAAAACUACGGCGACAGAAGACAACAGUGAAUUAGACAUAUCAGCCCUGUGUCCUAAGGUUAGUCCUGCAGUUGUGGCCCAAGAGAUGUCUGUAUCAGAUACUGAUGUAUCAGAGGUAUCUUGGACUGACAAUGGAACUUUCAAUCUAUCUGAGGGAAACACUCCACAGACAGACACAUCUGAUGCUUUUCCUGUCAAUUGUUUAAUAGAUUUUGACCACCCAAGUGACCGUGAGGAAGCUUUCGCAAGAGAUCUUGCAGAAUUUCCAUCUGUGGAAAAUGGUGCAGGAACAAAUGACGAGGAUGAUUCAAGCAUUGGCAUUCCUGUCAAUCAAGAAAGAAAAAGGGACCAUCUCCCUACCACAUCAGAUCAGAGUACCAGGCUGGAUAAGGAGGGGCACUCUGCAGCAGGCCUCUCCUUGCCUUUGAUCAAUGACCAGGCUUUCAACUUAGUAAGAGCUAUUGCCGGUGAUGUUGUUACAUCUGUGGUGUCAGCAGCUGUCAGAGACCAGUUGCAGUCCAUGCAAGCAGAUCCAAAUUUAAAUGAAGAGACAGACACAGAGGAAGGAGAUGAUUUUGAACUGCUUGACCAGUCGGAGCUUGAGCAAAUUGAAAGUGAACUGGGGAUCACCAAAGGCCAAGAGGCAGAACCACAAGAAAAGAAGAAGUCCACGGGCUUCCUCUCAAACCUGCUUGGGGGCCAUUAAUAUGGAAAGUGGAGCUGCUUAAUAGUAUAGUGAAAACAAAAUAUAGACCAUGUGGAAUGCAAAAAACAAAAAAGGAAAAUGAUGAGCUGUGAGCUUUAUCUAUUAUUUUAGAUGUGCUGUAACGUCCUUCAUGCAGAGUGAACUAACUUGUUACAGAUCAGUUGAUGCUGGUAGUUUUGUUUCUGAUAGUGAUCCCAUAGAAAUGAAACAUGUAUCUCAUUAUUUUCUGUCAAGGAAUUUAAGAAUCGAGAUUUUAAAUAUAUCGCUAUAUAUAUGUAUAAAUUGCCAAAUGUAGCUCCCUUGUGGCUGUUACCAAAUCCUCUUCACCUCCUGCCUGUUUACUCUUACUUUUCAUGCGUUUAGAGCAAUGCUUCAGGGAGAGAAAAUAUCAACAGGAAUCAACAAGCCAUCAUGUCCUAGUUGCCUCCUAUGUAGCAGAAUAUCUAAACUUCCAGAGUAAACAAGUGUCUGACAGGCCCAUACACCCUGAACCCUUUUUUCAAAUAUAUCUCAUGUAUGCUCCAUUA